AUGGCCACGUUGCUUCUAGAAAGCCGCGACGCGCAGGAGCGGCGCGAGUGGCGGCGGUCGGCGGCGGCGGAGGCCGAGGCGCAGGUGGACGCGCUGCCGUACUUAGACAAGGAGUACGAGGACCCCGCGGUGCGCGCGGAGGUUAACCGCCUCGUGCAGGAGGAGAUGCGCCGCAGCCCGCGCACCCCCGCGGAUAUACUUUCGGAGCUCCCGCCCGUGCCCGAAUUGCGGAGCGAGCUCCUCCCCAUGUUCGCCCGGGAGUGUGAGAGGGUGAGGGCCGGUCGGCCCCCAACCCUAGCAGUGGACACGGGGCGCUAUGAGGGCGCGGGGAAGGGGCCGGCAGGGCGGGGAGCUGAUGACCCAAACGCGUGGAAGGGCGCGGUUAAGGCGGCGAUGGUUCAGCUGCAGCACCAGGAUACCCGGCAUGAGAAUCUCGAUCUGAUGCUUCGCUUUGGCCCCAAUGCAUGGAAAGUGCACAACCAGCACCUCGAGGCGUUUCUAGCCAAAGCACAGAGGGAGGUGGCAGAGAGGAAGCGAGAGAUUGAGCUGCUCAAUAGAGACAGGCGGCUGAACCAGCAAGCAGCAGCGGUGGAGCUGGGGCGGCUGGAGCAGACGUGGAGGGAGGGCGAGCAGAAGAACGCAGACAUCCAGGCGGCGUGUGCUCAGCUGGAGGCGCAGAUUGGGGGAUUGAAGGCGGAGGCGCAAGCACUGGGUGUCGUCACGGACAAUUCGAUGCAAGAAGAUUGA